AUGAUUUGGGUGGUGCCGGCAGUGGUCACCGCGGCGGUCGUUCUGCUGCCGUUGCUGUACAUCUUCUUGCGCGCCUCGCAGGGUGGCUUAGCGGUUUAUCUGCGCUGGGUGUUGACGCCGACGGUGGCCGGGUUGGUCGGCCGCACCUCGCUUCUGGUCCUCGGCACGGUGACCGUGGCGCUGCUGGUGGCGGUGCCGCUGGCUUGGCUGGUGGCUCGCACCGAUCUGCCGGGUCGCCGGGCUUGGGCCUUGCUGGCCGCCUUGCCGUUGGUUUUCCCUUCUUAUGUCGCGGCCUUUGCCUUGGUCGCGGCGCUGGGCCCCCGAGGGAGCUUGCAGAGCUGGCUCGGCGUUGAUCAGCUGCCCGGGCUGGCCUACGGUUACUCGGGAGCCUUGAUCGCUCUGGGCUUGUUUACCUAUCCCUACAUCUACUUGCCGCUGGUAGGCGCCAUGCGCCGGCUCGACCCGGCGCUCGAAGAGAGCGCGCGCAGCCUCGGCGCUGGCCGGGUGCGGGUCUUCUUCACCGUCAUCUUGCCGCAGCUGUGGCCGGUGCUGUCGGGUGGCGCCCUGCUGGUGGCGCUCUACACCCUGUCGGAUUUCGGCGCGGUGUCGAUCGUGCGCUAUAACACCUUUACGCUGUCGAUCUACAACGCCUACCAAGGUAUCUUUGAUCGCACCACAGCCGCGGCUCUGGCUAGUGUCUUGGUGGUCUUUACACUGCUGUUGAUCGUUGGCGAGGCCAGGUUGGUGGCAGGUCACCGACCCCACCGCAGCCGACCCGUGGCCGCUCCUGAACGGGUCGCGCUGGGCUUCUGGCGCUGGCCGGCUACUGCUUUGGUGGCGCUGCUGGCGACGGUCAAUGUCGGGAUUCCGUUGGCGGUAGUGGCGGUCUGGGGUGGUGGUGGUCUGCUCGAGGUCGAGGGUUUGGCAAGGGUGGCGGCGCCUGCGGUGCGCUCGCUCUCGGUGUCGGCACUAGCAGCGGUCUGCGCAGUGGCCUUGUCGCUGCCGAUCGCUGUUUGGUCGGUGCGCCAUCCGGGCAAGCUGGCCCGUUGGGUGGAGCGGGCGACCUUCGCUGGCUACGCUCUGCCCGGUCUGGUGAUCGCGCUGUCGCUGGUGUUCUUUACCGUGCGCUGGGCGCGGCCGCUCUAUCAGACCCUGCCGCUCUUGGCCUUGGCUUAUGUGAUUCGCUUUUUGCCGGAAGCUACGUCGGCGACCCGCGGUGCGCUGGCCGGCGUGGCGCCGGUCUUCGAAGAAGCGGCCCGCAGCCUGGGUCGGCGACCGCUCGAGGUGCUGCGGACCCUGGUCUUGCCGAUGAUCUUGCCCGGUAUGCUGGCCGGUGGUGGACUGGUGUUCUUGACUUCGAUGAAGGAGCUGCCGGCGACCCUGUUGUUGCGGCCGAUCGGUUACGAGACCCUGGCCAGCGAAAUCUGGAGCUACGCCGCGGAGGGGAUCUACUCCGCUGCCUCGGCGCCGGCUCUGGCCCUGGUACUGGUCACUGGCCCACCGGUCUACUGGUGGAUCAUCCGCCCGGCCCUGGCCGAGGAAAGACGAUGA